UUUCAGAAGUUUUUAUCUUAAUAGCUUUCAAAUAAUUACAACUACAGAGUCCUUCAUAAAUGUCAGUUGAGUGUCAAAAGAACCAAUUGAGAUACGAAAAUAUAUCGGAUUUUCGGACGUUACAAACAAAAAUUUGUCCAUGCCUUUGUUUCGUAUUUAGUAUGCUCAUCGGUUUUUUGCUGAGAUGCUCUUUACUUUUCUCGCCUGUUUUUUCCGUUCGGAAGUAUCCUGGCAUUGAUGCUCCCCAUGUUACUGCAAUUAUGAAAGCUGGUGUCUAUCAAUGUCAAGGAAUCAACAUAGGUGGAAGGGUAGUAUUAACCGCGGGGUAUUGUAUCAAACCAAAUCAAACUUACGAAAUUUUAUCUGGCUUCGGCACUAUAGAUGGCGAUUUCCUUCAGGCAAAAUAUCGGACAACCAGUGAUUUUGUCCAUUUCUUUGAGAAUUUCACCGAUCCCUCAUUAGAGCGCAAUAUGGGUUUACUUGCUUUGAAUAGGACGAUUCCUCUGUCAAUUGCAUCAGCACCUGCACUUCUAGAUUUUUGCUUUGCGAAGAUUGACCCGAAAUCUUGUUUUCUGCUUGCCUGGGACAUAAAAACCAAUGAUAGCAAAGCCCAGACUUUACACAUUGACUUCGCAAAGGAGAUGUGCAAUUCAAACACGAUUUUACGUAGAAUCAACGCAUCUGAAAACAAGUUUUGCGGAAGAUCACGGGUUUGCUUGCCAAACACUGUUGGUGCAUCACUAACUUGCAGUGGAAUCGCUGUCGGGCUGGUCGUAAUGUCAGCGUGUUCUCAGUCAAAAGAUAGUUCAGAAUUCAUAUUCGUCAGCCUAAAAAAGGUAGAAUCAAUGUUGUAUUAUGAAGUGGAAAGGAUGAGAAUAGAAAUGGCCACAGAUAACGAUACCGAGGAGGAAGAAAAGCGGAUAGUAUCCUUUGCUGCGAAUGUGGAAGUGUGGUCGCGCUAUCGGAAACGAGCCUUAAACAGUGGCAGCAGCAUACAUUCGUUCGUAAAUGUCUUCAUACUUUUACUUUUUAAUUAUCUGAAGUAAUUGUAUACAUACAAAUAUUGUAAUUAUAGGACAUGAUAAGCUUUUAAUAAACGAUAAGAACUCUCAUGA